CAAUAUUCAGCGAUUCGACCUACACGUGUAUCACGCGUAUAUUGUACGUAUAAAUAAUUGCAUGUCGAGAUUUACAAAAAAAAAAAAAAAAAAAAAACCCCGGAAUGUCCGCGAUCAUAAUAUUUUGUCGUAUAUUGUAUUAGUAAGAACUGGGGAAUGGAUUCGCGUAUACGAUUAAGAUUUACGAAAAACCGUUUAAAAACGCCAAAGAAACCCGGAAAAAAGCACUUCAAACGUAUUUUUAAAAAUAAAAAUGGUAGAGGAAUUUUAAAAGUCCCCCCCCCUUUAACGACUCUAAUUUUAUAACACUAUAAAAGUGAUUAAAACAAAGUAAUUUUGUUUACUAUACAUAUAGUUUUGUUUAAAAAAAAAAUGAACUGUGUUAAUUAUGUGGAAAAGUUUAUCUAAUUUAGCUAAGUUCGUGAUUGGAAGGGAGAAAUUUUAAACCACACUAUCAUUUUUGUUCCGUUUUGUUUUUUUGAAGUGCUUUUUUUUUUUCACGUUCUUAUAUAAAUUUAAAGUGUAUAUACAUCCGUUCCUUAGUAAUAACUUAUUGUUCGUUUUCUGAACAUUUUAUGCAAUAAUAUGUUGUAUUGGGUAUUGACGAAACGUUAAUAUUUUUAAUUAUUAUUCAAUUCGUUAACAUUAAUUUCAUUAUCAAACACAAAUUGUGUAAACAAUAAUUAUAUAUUUUUAUCAUGACAUAAAAAAAACUUUGGUAUUUCUUUUACAACAUUGGCUAUAGAUACACUACAGAAUAGAUGGCAAAUAUUAUACAAAGUAAUAAGUGUACAUAUAGAUACGACAUGGAUAUUGUAGAAUUUGUAUGGAAAAUAAUAAACAAAAUUGUUCAUUUAUAGAUAUUUCUUUGCGCCCAGGGAAGAAGGCUUAAAUCGAUACACUUAGGAAAAUACUAAUACAUAAUACACUCCAUACACUUAUGUCACUUGGACCAAAAAAUUAAAUUAAAUUACCAAUAAUACUACCUGCUUUAGCUAUCAUUAUUAGAAAUCCAAUAAAAGUGAAUAAAAAAGUACCUAUAAACUAUAUCUAUAUUAUAUUAGGUACAUGUUGUACAUAAAUUAUUUAAUUACGGAGAAUAAAUUCUGUGUGGAAAUAGAUAGUAUAUUAUAUUAGUUAAAUAAAUAUUAUGUUUAAAAAAUUAAAUAUUUACGAAACUAUUAAAACGUGCGAGAUUUUGUUUGCUAAACAAAAAAAGGACAUAGUUCGCACUAUCAUGGGUGUGGCACCGUUUUAGGUGGGAAAUUUGAUAGGUAGGAUAUAUAUAUAUAUAUAUAUACAUAUAAGGUAAUUAAAUUUACAUUUGCAUACGCAACGAUAAUUUAUUGCUUGCAAAAAACGAUUUUGAGUGAAGUUCGAUUAAACGUGUUUUUGUAAACUCAAAUUGAAAAUCACAUUAAUUUGUAACUACAAAAUAAAUUAAAAUUGUCUGUUUUUCGUCUUGAAUUGUUGAACAUUUUUACUGAGCUAAAGAACUUGUAUUUACAUAAAUUGGAAAAUAAUAUUAUUUAACACGAAAUGCCGUGAUUUUUACGAUUUUUAUCGUCAUUUUUACUGUAAACAAGUAUGAUAAAUAGUAAAUGUAGUAAAUGAUACAAUAAAGUUUUUGUAAAGUGUUUAAUUGGAGCAAACUUGCUGGUAGACAAAUUGUUUACAGACAGAAAAAUAAAAAAAUAAUCUAAUAGUCAUCAUCAAUUAUCAUUUUAAAAACAAUAUAUUCCUUGUUUUACUUUCAGAACAUAAAAUAAAUUUCAAAUGUGUAAUAGGUAUCUACUUGAAAUAGAUUUUAAAAAUAAAUUAACAUACCUAUUUAUACAACAAUACAUUCGCAAUCGUAAGAAAUAGUUAUUAAAAUAUUUUGCACAAAUCGAUGCAUAUUUAUUUUAUUUAAUAAAAAACAAUAAUAAUACAUCGUUUUUACGUAAUUAUACUGUAACGAUUAAAUGAAUCGUAAAAUAAAAUUAAUUUUUUGAAUUGAUCGUAUUUACAAUAAAAACUUAGAUACACCAAUACUUAGUGAUUUUUUUUAUGUACAAUACAGUCAUUAUACUGUAAUAUUAAUUAUUAUCAAACACAUGCCAGAGAGUUCCACAAAGAAUUAUUAAUUUAGAGUAGUGUGAUACAUUCCAUUCACAAUGGUGAAUUAAAAUAAGCGCGUAAUAUUAUAAAAUAGGUAGGUACCGACAUAAAAUAUCUCAAGUUAUACAAUUAUAAUAAAUUAAUAUUAAACAAUAUUACUAUAAUAUGUCCACUUGAAAGAAAAAUAUAUACAUUAUUACCACAUAAAACGCGUAAUAAAUAUAAUUAAGGGUAGGUAUAAUCGUUAUUUGAACCCAGUACACCGGUUUAAGAAAUUUAUAACUUAUUAUAAAACGUCCAAAUUAUUUACGAGGUUUAAUUACGUGUAAAUUAACAUUUCUAUACAGCUAUUAAAAAUAAAAGUAAAAACCACAUUCUUUCAACCCUAAUUUUGAAUUGUAUUACCAUCAAAAUAAAUCAGGUGUAUGUGUAUACGAACUACAAAGUACCUAUAUAAUACACAACACACCUAAGAUAUAAAUACAAAAAUGUGUUUGUUUUUUUUUUCUCGAUAAAUGGAAUGAUCUAAUCUUUUACUGCAUUAUUGAAAAUAAUACAUAUAUGUAUAAACCAAGCAGCACCCACAAUCGAUAAAACCGUAAAAACGAACGUCUACCUAUAAUACAAUAAAGUAUAUCGAUGUAAAAAAAAAAAAUACAUAGUGGGUUAAAACGUUACAAUAAACGUAAAUUCCAAUGAAAUUGAAUUGACAAAAACCUGUUCUUUAUUUUGUUGGUAUUAUAUAGUAAUGUACCUAUACCCUGUAUCGGUCCAGUAGGUCCAGAGCAAGCGAGCGGCAGUCACGUAAGAGUUAUUUAUUAGGAUAUUUACACAUAGGAAUGCGAGAAAGACGAAAGUCAUGCACAUGCGCCUAAGUCUAUACAGCAAUGACUCAUCAGAACAUUUAAUUUAAUUUUCUUUUUGUCUUUCACCGCUGCUAUUAUAAAAUAAAAUGUAAUAUAUUUGUAUAGGUACAUAUCUUAAUUAUUCAUUAUAAUCAUCUCUAAUACUCUUAAACUCAAGUACCUAUUAAACACAGGUAAUAUUUAAAUUUUGAAAAAUUGUAUAAGUUAUCGUUUAGAUAGUUCAUUUACUUUCUAUAUUGAAGACAGCAAAAACACAUUUACUUGAUUAUAAUUAAUAAUGAUUAAUUAUAUUACUAAAAAUAAAAUACACAUAAGCCAACACAAAAUACAAAAACUAAUAAUAUACAUUUUCACUUUUUAUGAUAUUGUACAAUUAUUUAAAUAUAUCUGAACCUACCUACCUAUUACCAUAACACAUUAUCAUAUUGUGAAAAUGUAUAGAGAAACUUUAAUUUUAUGUUCUAAAAUUAUAAAUUUAUUAUUGUCUAUACUUGCAUAUAUAAUAAAAAUCAAAACGUUAUAAGUUUAUUUUAUGUUUUAAUAUAAUAAUAUUUUUGUAUAGUAUUUGUUUAUUAUAUUUUUUUGUGAAAAAUCAUUAAGACUUUUGGAAAUUUAACAUUAGAACGUUCGAAGUAAUUAUUAGUGUAAUGUUUAACACCAACAGAGGUGUCUUGAUAAUAGUCGGUGCCUGGUAGCCAGCAGGAAUACGAUAUAAUGUAUUUUCGAUAGGUCAGAAAUAAUAAUCACAAUCCAAAUUAAUACUUUUAAUGGUAUUGUAAAUAAGGUGUACUACAUUUUAUGGUAACGAAUAAAUAUGACAAAAACUUCGAUUUAUAAUUUUAUAGUUUUUUUUUUUUUAAAUAUAUGUUUAAAUAUACAGGACGAAUCAUUGAGCAUGCUCACCUCAUUUUUAUCGUUAAAUUUUACAUAAGUACUUGGAAAUUCUGAUUUUUGGAAUUUUCAAACUGUAGUUCAAGCCGAUAUUUUCAAAUAUUUAAAUUUUUCUCAACAUUUAAGGAAAAUACUAUAGUAUACCAACUUUUAUUUUUCAAAUGAGACCUAUAUGUUUUAAUGCAAAUUGUAAAUUAGAUAAUUUUUCUGAAAAUGUUGACAUAUUUUAAUCAAAAUUUAUUUGAAUUAUUUUACUGUAAAGUACUAAAGAUAUCAGUCUGAAAAUGCCAUCAAAUGGCAUGGCGAACAGCGUUUAUUUAUACUCCACUAUUGUCCCCAAACAUGAAAGUGGAAUAUCUCGUCAAUGGGUUGACAAAAAUCAAAAAUAUCAACACCAAAAUGUAUUUAAACUUAUAUUCCACCUCUUUGUGGAAUUUUUAAUAUAGAUUUUCUGAAUUUUCGUUUGAGAAACCAAAAUUUGCAUCACUAUAGGAUACUCCUUAAAUGUUGUGAAAAAUCUAAGAAUUCGAAAAUAUUAGCUUUAAUUACACUUAAAAAAUUCAAAAAUAAGAAUAGUAAUACAUGCAAAAUUUAACCAUACAAAUAAAGUAAGCGUGCUAAAUUAAUCUCUCUGUAUAGUAGGUACUUAUACUAACAAGUACCAUUUAACCAUUUAACCAUUUCUAAAAAAAAUAUAAAAAAUAUUUCGAAAACAUAUUGGUAAUGUAUCUGAAUUAUAAAAACCAUUACUUAAUUACUCUUAAUUAUAAUAAAACCAAUUGAUCUAAAAAUUUUAUUAGUUCUAAGAAUAUAUAUGAUGUAAUAUUAAAUCGCAGUUAUAAUUAACAUGUACAAAUGUCAAAUUGUAAUAAUAUACAAAAUAUAUAAAAAAUAAAAACUUAUUAGUUAUUAGUUAUCUUAUCACUAUUAGAUACCUCGUUAUUUAUUUUAUAUAUUUAAAUAUAAAUAUAAAUUUAAAUAUCUUAUAAUAUUAUUUAGAGUAUACAACUAUACAAUUUUAGAUUUUACAUUAAAAUCUUAUAUUUUUUUUUUUAUAUUCCACGGAACUCAUCAAAAAUACACCCUUACGUUUGUAAAGAAAAAAGAAAUAUGAAGUUUUUCAUAUUUAUUUUUUAUUUGAUGUAUUUUGCAAAAAAAAUAAAAAUAACAAUGAGAAAAUAUUUUUCUGGAGAGACAUUUUUCAGAGGGUUCUAGGAAAUGUUGAGAGACUAUAGCCCCCUUAGACACCACCACCAUUUACGCUUAUGCAGGUAAACGCCUGCAAUAAUAGCAUCUGCUAAUAUGACUGUAUCGGUCAAAUUCAAACAUGUGGAAUGACUGACAUUCCUUUUUAUAGUGACCUUGCAUAUUUUUCUAAAUAUUAAAAGCAAAUAAAUAAUGGACUGUUGGUUUAAUUUUCAAUAUUGAAAAUACAGCUACUUUUUCAGAAAAUUAUAUUUCCCUUCAAAAAAUGUAGUUAAAACAAUAUUAUAGAUUUCUAUUAAUACUAACAAAUCAUCAACCUAAGAAUUUAUUAUUAUUAUUAUUACUAUUUUUUUAUUUGUUUUGUAAUGUUAAGUAUUAUAAUCACAUACAAUUUUAUUAGGUAAUACAAAAUCAUAUUUACUAACAAUUGAAUAAGAAAACCGAGGUUAUUAUGAAAUAGAAUUAUAAAAAUUUGCACCCUAUUAUAGAAUCAAAUUGAAAUAACAUUAUUACAAUUAUCUAAUUAUAACUUUACUCGAAAUGCCAAAGAUACGAAAAAACCUUUAUAUCGACCAACACAAUUCUGUAUAUGGGUUACAAAAAUCGGUCUUUUAUGAAUAAAUUGUAUUUAACUAUAUGCCGAUAUGUUUUAACCACGUGCCAGUAGAUAAUAGUAGAGUUUAUGUAACAUUACUUUCUAUAGAGCUAGUUAGCAAACGACCAUUUACAACACGUUAACACUCUGACUAAAACGAUUGAUAUCAUCUAUUUGAAAUUGAUAAUAGAUAGUAAUCGUAGUAUUAAUGGAUAUAAGAUAAAACAUAAUAUAUUUUUAUUUAUACAUACCUAUAUUAAAUUUUAUUAUACAUGUACCUACCUACUCAUAUAAGAUUAGGUUAGCAUAAAUGAAAAUGAAAAAGAUUUUUUUUUUUUUGUGUUUAUAGAUACCUAACUAUGAUUUGCACUUAAAAAGUACCUACCUACUCUAAUUUAUUAUGUUUAGGUUCAAAUAGUUCAUAUUUUAAUUAUUGAAUCAUAUUAUAUUAUGUACCUAAUAUAAUUAUGAGGAACUAUUAACUAUUAUUAAAUACAAUAUAAUUUAUUAUUUCGAUGGGUAACUAUGUAUAACUAUAUAUAAUGCAUAUCUUAUGCAUGUAGUAAUUUUAAAUGUUUGGUUUUCGUUUUAAUUUCUUUUAGCACAACACUUUUUAUUUAAUUAUUUCAGAUAUCAUUUUUUUUAUAAUAGCAUAAGAUUUAGAAAAAUUUUAAUAUAGAUAUAGAUGAAAUAUAAAAAACUUGGCACUACCCCACACAUGAACAAAGUGCAUUGUAAAAAUAGAACUCAACUAUUAUAUAAUUACACUUUAUAGAUACACCGCAACUUUAAUAACUGAAUCAUCAGAGUAUAUUAUACAGAUAUUAGAUACUAUUGGAUGUAUAAUUUUCGAUAUCUAAGUAAUUGCUUAGAUUAACUAAUAAAACGUUUGUAUUUUUUUUCAAUCUAUUAAACAAACGAAUUUAUAAAUAUUAAAAUAAUGAAUAUUAGUAUAUUAAAAAAUUAAGUAAGUAUUACGAAAUGACAUAUAUGAAACAAAUUGUACAUUAUAAAACACAAAUUCAUAAAACCACGAGGACGUUAAAUGCCUAAAUGUGUAAAACAACGAAUAUUAUUAAUUAGGUAUGUACAAAAAAUAUUAAUGCAAUAUAAUUAUUAUUAUAAAUAAUAACAAAUAAUUAUAUACCUACCCAAUAUUAAUAUGUAAUAUAUUGAUACAAACAGAUCACUCCAUACUCAUACAGCAUUAGCUAUGGUGGUUUAAUUGAAACCGACCUUUAGCGAGCGCACACAAAUUUGUUAAGAAUAUUGUGAUUAUUAGUAAUUGUAAAAUAUCUCUAGAAAAUCGAAUAUUAUUAAUUAAAUUACAAAUAAUAAAAACUAAAUGAAAAUUAUAAAUAGUAUAUAAAUGUACCUCCAGGGAACGGAGACGUCUAAACUCAUGUCGAAUAGGACAAACAAAUUUGAACUAAAUUAACACUGAACAUUUUCUUUCUACUCAUUUAUUUAUUUAUUUUUUUUUUAUAUAAUAAAAAUGACUAAUCUUACAACUGGACAUUGAAGAUAGCCAAAAUGGACCACCACUACUAUUGCCACUACCAGGCGGUUGUGUAUUUAAAAAUGUUAUUUUUAACAUAUCCAUUUUGGCCACGGUUCGUAGUUUUUGCAUCGCUAUUUUCGUACAGCAGAGUCGAGAAAAUUUGUUUAUAACAAAUUUUAUAAGAACAAAAAUAAUAAGUAGGUAUAUAAAAAUUAUUAUGCGAACAAUUAUUUCAUAAAGAGUGAUUUUAUUUAAAACAAUAAAAACAUAUUUAUAGGUGCCUUUUGUGUAAUUGGAAUUAUAUCUAAACAUUGACAAUUAACAAAUAAACUUAUAAAUUAGGUAUGUCAUAAGAGUAAAAAUCAAUGUUAUGUCUAUUUAAUGAGAAAAUAAUAUCUACAUUUCACUAUUAUAGGUAUUUAAACUGUCAGACGCAAGUCCUAAUCUUUACAAAUUAAAUAAUUGUUUUUGAUAAACCUGUUUGAAACGAAUUUAUACGCUGAUGGUAUUGUAUGUUAAUAAUUAUAACAUAAAAAGUACUGAUAAUGCUGAUAGACAGGACCGGUGGUAGGGUGGACUGAUACCCUCCUCCAACUAGAUUUCCAAGUCAGCCAUUUAACGAUAUUUUAAUUUUAGGGUCAAAAAAUCUAAUCAUUUUUUAGUUUCUUGGGUGUUUUAUUAUGUGAUUAUCGUUAGUUAUAUUGUUAUAUUAUUAUUGUCAAAUUUAUUACUUAUCGAAAGACAAAAUAAUAGGUAAAAUAUUUUUUGAAGUUGGCAAAUUUUGUAUUUGGAGUCGGAAUUUGUUUAAUUAGACACCUCCACUAAUUUUUGUUAGUAUACCGACUCUGCUAACGGAAGUAUACUAUAAUACUAUAGUGAAUACAUAUUUAAUUUAUAUCUGUACGAAUAGGUAAAUCUUUGCUAACGAAAAAUGAUUUUCAGCAGAGUUCGGUUUAUUAUGUUUUGAAAUACCGUGAGUUUUACGAUUUUCGUCGAAAUUUGAAAUAAAAAGGCGCAUAAUAAAAAAUACUCAAUAUUGCUUCAAAUUUAUUUUUAUCACAAAGUAUAAUUUAAAAGUUAUGAUGAAUCUCGUGUUAAAUGUUCAACCGUUUUUACUAGGUUAAAACAAUUUUAUCCACAUAAACCCAAAAUAAAAAUUAAAAACCUUGAAAUAUUUAAAUACAUAUAAAUAGCUCAAAAACCACAAGGCUUUGAAAAUGUUAGCACGUCUAAAAAGUGCUAAUUCAUAAAUAUUCUGAAAAUAUUUUUCUCUCUUCAUGUCUAAUCGAUUACUUUUAACCGAAUCAUAAAAAAAAAAAAAAAAUCCAAAAUAUUGGAAACCGGAAACUGUUAUUACGUAAAUUGUCCCAGUUUUGCUACGUUUUCCUAAUCAUUAACAAAACUACCAAAAGCUACUAAUAAAAUUUAAAAAAAACGGACAUACUUCGCACGUGGAUGGGUCACUGUAGUAGGUAAAAAGUUGGAAAGUUAGAUGGGAAAUUUAAUAUAUAUCUGUGCGUAACAAUUAACCAUCGUUAACAAAAGACGAUUCUGAGCGGAGUUCAGUUGAUAGUGAUGCUUUGUCAACAAUAUAUAUAUAUCAUUUUAGAGUAAAAUAAUUAAAUAGGCUUUAUAUAUAUUUUUUUAAUAAUAUUUGUUUAAUGUUAUACCGAUUUUCCAAGUUUUCCUACGUUUUUUUUCCAGUUUACCGAUGUUUUAUCCCGAUUUUUCACAUUUGCUGGGAAAACUUCUAAGAAAAUCGAAAAACGACUUCUUUAAAGUACCUUUCCAGUGAAAUUUCCUUUUAGAAACAUUGCUAUCAUUAUAAGUUGAAGCAAAAUUGUUGGUAGAAAAGUUGUACACAGAAAAAAAAAAGGCCUUAUUAUAUUUAGCUAAUACCUACAUUUCUUACAUUCUUGCGUUUUUUUCGGUUUUUCACAAUUGUUUAGAAAACUCGAGAAAAUCGAAAAAAAGAUCUUUUUAAGGCACCUCUCUACACCGAUUUUCUUUUAGAAAAGUUGCUUCACGUAAAAAUCGGAAGAAGUUUUCUGAUAAAAAAGUUGCGCACAUAAAAAAAAAUAAUAAACAUCUUUGUAAAACCAUAAACUUCUUCGCUUACUCAGAAUCUAAAACAACUAAAUUACACUUAAUUUCUUUUUUUUAACCACUGAGUACAAUUUUUAAUAAACCUUCUGUUAAAUUUUCAAGCAUUUCUAUUUAGUACUUUAGUCUAACAAUUAUAUCCACAGAAUUCCUUUCAAAUAAAAAUUACGUAUAAAACUCGCAAAAUUUAAAUAUCUAUAAAUAGUUCAAAAAUGGUUCAAUUUGUUUGAACAUUUUACUACGUUAAGAAAAGCAAAUAUAGGAUUUCUGUCCAAAUUUCAAGUCUACGUUUUUUUUCGGUUUUGCUCAUUUAUUAAAAAACUACAAUGAAAAUCAAAUAAACGACUUUCUCACCCACCGAGAUUAAAAAUGCAACAAUUGAUUUUCGAUUGGAUAAAUAUUUCUGAUAGAAAAGGUCGUACAUGAAAAUUUAAAAUAAUACAAUUAUACGUUACGCCGUAGAUUUAAUAGUUUUUCAAUUUUCGUCUUUUCCCGGUUUUCCCAAUAUUAUAAAAACUACUUAGAAAGUCAAAAAAUGACUUACUUCGUGAGUAACUAAAUCCAAAAUUCAAUAAAAAAAGUCCCUAAUCAUUAUUUUGAUCAAAGCAAUAUUUCUAGUAUAAAUAGUUUGCAAAAAUUAAAAACAAUAAAAGCGGUAUCGCCACAGGGCGCUUUAAAUAUUUUCCGCUUUACCUAUAAUUUUGUUUCCAGUUUUUCUCAAUUAUUUUGAAAAUCUCUUGGAAAAUGUGAUCCCUACCUACGCUCUGAAUCUAAAAGUAGAUCAAAAUCAAAUUAUUAACCCCUCUCCAUUCGCACCAUAAGAUAGCCUAGUGGUUAAUAUAUCCUAAAUAUGGUCCUUCCUACACGUAAUAUACUUUAAAAAUAGGUAUUUUCUUAAUAAUUUAAUUACCUAAUAUUUAAUUUAAAAUUUGAGCACAGAUUGUCAAAUUGCAAUAGCCAUACCAUACAUAUAUCAUAUAUACAGUCAUCUAGCAUCUAGCAUCUACAUCUAGCAGUCAGUGACUAUACCUACCUACCAAAGUAUAUGCAAGUAUAUUACCAUAGAUAUCUAUAAUCAAUGGUAUUAUAUCUAUUAUUAAAUAUUACCUAUACCUAGGUAUUCUUUAAAAAUUAUAAUUAUAAUUAAAAUAAAAUAAAAACGUACGGUUCUUCAUGACUGGAACUGUUGUAUAUUUUAUUGAAUUCUUCGUCGACUUUUGACCCCGGGGAUAAGUCUGGUAAAUCUGAUUGUAAAUAAUUUCUCUCCAAUAAUAUAUUACUGAAAGUCACCUAAUAAAUUAAUGUAUAAAAAAUAAAUGGAUACCAUAUUAAAAUUUGAGUAAUAAUUUACUUAUUUUUAAUGUAGGAAUGCAUUACUUUUUUCUUAGGUGAAAUUACUUCAGUUUUUGGCUGAACAAUAGGUUCAGGAGUUUUGGGAUAGAAUGCCACACUUGCUGGACGUAUUGGACUUGGAGUGUGACGUGCGCUUAAGUCUUCCAUAGAACACUUUUCCAGUUUUUUCCAAAAACUUCUACAAUUUUUGGAUGGAUCAGAAAUAGAAGUUUCUGUAUUCAAUUUCCAGAAUUGUGGUGAACUUGAGCGACUUCUAAGACAUACAGGUUCACUGUCUUUUUGUAACGAAUUCUUACGAGGUCUAAAAUUGGAAAACUGUAAUGACCCAUUAUAGUUUUUUACCGGUACUGAGUCAAGAUCCUUUUUGGGUUCUUCAAAACAUUGUUUAGGAGAUUCUUCCGAAUCGUUGAAUGUAUACAAGUUGUUAGACGAGUUAAUGUUUUCAAUAUAAUUGUUGUUAAUUUGUUGUCGAUCGGGAGAAUCCGGUUCGGAAAUAUUUUUUUUCGAUUUUGGAAAACUAAAAUUUUGUAGAGCUUUACAACUAGAUGAUCGUUUGGGAGGCACAACAUUUUCACCUCGUCGUUUCAACACUAAAAGUUCAACCGAGCAACUUGGCCUUCGAAGGAAACUAAUUGCCUGGGAUUCAGUUAACGAAUAACAGUCGAUGCCAUCUAUCUCUAAUACACGAUCACCGACAUUUAAAUAGUUGCAUGCUAAAGUACCAUUUUGUACCUAGACAAGCAAUGAUUUAAAUUGAAUUUUUAUUACUUAAAAAUGUACAUUUUUUUUUUUUUACUCACAUUUCUCACCGUCAAAGGUCGCCAACUGUCUCUUCCGCCACAUACUUGAAAACCCCACGAUGAGUAAAGGUCGUUUUUCUUAAACAAAAUAUUCAACAACUGUGCCAUCAAUAGAUUAUUGUCAUGCUACUCUGAAAAUCUAUAUCAGUGUGUAUGGGCAGCUGACUGGCAUUUGACUAAGUGUCCUAGUUUUACAUGCCAACAAAGGACGCUCUAAUCUAUGUUCUUAAUUAAAUUGUUGACAAGUGCCCGGAAAUACGAUACAUUAACUUGGACAUGAUAUUUAAAUAGGUAUUAUUUAACGAUAUAAAAGAUUAUGACAUAACUGAUAAGAUAUGACCUUUAAUAAUAUACAUUUAUAUUUAUGAUUACCAAUCUAGGUUUAGUAUAAAUUGUAAAAUGAUAGUCAUAUUAUAAGUGUGUAUCUAUCUACCUUCGUACUGUAGUAGAUAUUACCUACCUAUUAUUACACAAUUUAAUUAUUAUAUUAUUUGAUAUAAGUAAUUAUUAUUAUUAUUAUAAUUAUAACUUAAAACAAAUUUUAUGUAGAUACUCAAAGUGGCAAAAUAACAACUUUGUUCUAUUUACACAUUCCAAUUUUGAUUAGUCUUCUACAUAUAACUAAUUAAGCAUUGAAAUACAUAAAUCUGGUAAAAAAAAAUAAUAAUAAUAACUAUUUAAAUAUUCUUAAGAACAUACCUAUCAUCAAAUAUUAAUUAAUUUAUUAAUCACAUUUUAGUUUUUAUUUACUUUGACACAAACUAAUAUUAUUUUAUUAUUUAAUAGCAAAACCCAGUGAAUUGUUUUAUACAUUAAAAAAACAGUUCAGAGAAGGUUUAAUAAACAACAAUCAAUAUUGUAAAGGCUAUAAUAUUAAAAUAUGUGCUUAAGAUUCUUUAGGUUUUCAAUUUUCUAUCACACCUUUUGAAUUAAUAACUUAUAAAUUUGAAUGAAUACACCGAUUGCUAAGUUAUAUCUGAUAAUUCAUUAUAUAUAUAUAUAUAUACACAUAAAUUUAGAUGUAUAUAAUAUAAAAAUUAAAAUUAUAUAAAGCAUAGCUCUAUAUAAUAUUCAAUUAUAAUAGAAUUAUAUCUUUUUUAGAGAAAACUAUCAACUUACUUUUAGAAAAAAGGAUUAACAUUUUCAAAAAUUGUUAUUUCAAUAAUCAUACAUAUAACAAAAAAUUAAAAAAUCAAAUUAUAAUAAAAAUAAUUAAAUUAGUUAAUUUAUUAUUUCUUUAAAUACUUUAAAAUAGAAUAACAUACAAUUAAAACAGAUCUCAACACAAUUUAGUGAUAAAGAAUUUUUACAGCUAAAGAAUGUUAAAAAUAAUUAAAAUUAACAAGUUAUAUUUGAAGUUUUGUUAAAAUUAAAAAAUAAUCAUACAUCAAUCAUAAAUAAUUAUAGUUCCAGAGCUUUAAACAGAUGUACUGUUUGAUGAAUUCUAAUACAUAAUGUAAUUAUUAAUAAAAAAUUUGGACUUUAGUUUAAUAACAUUUAAUAAAAACUAUAUAAAUUAAGGUGUAAAACAUUUGAUAAUUCUUUAAAAAUAUAACUUAAGAAAUUCCUGUAAGUCAAUGAACUUUAAAUAUAUUCAUAUUAUAUUUAAAACUAAUGUAUCAUUAAAAUUUAUAAAUCUCUAUUUAAAAUGAAACGAUUACCCUCUGAAUGUUUCCCAGCAUAACGGAAUCGACGUCGACCAUAUGCAGCUAAUUUAAAUAAAUAAUAAAAUAAAAUUUAUAAUUAUAAUUUUACUUUUUAUGUGGUGAAAAUAUAAAUUCUAUAAUAAUUAAUAUUGAACUAAUCUUUGGAUUAAAAAACAAAUAAAAAAUAUAGUUAACCUUGAUGAUGUAUUUCUUGAGUUGGAGAUACAGACGUUGGAGAGAACAUAUUUGAAGUAUCUGCAAGAGGUUGAGAACCAAGAGAUAAUUUCCAUUCACGUUGAAGUGGUUCAUUUUCAAAACGCUAAAAUUAAAUAUAAAUAUUCUUAAUAUUAAUUAUAAAAAUAUUAUCAUUUAUGUAUUAGAAUUAUUAUUGAUAUCAAAUAAUUUCAUAAGUCAUCCACUAACUGAAUUAUGAAAUAUUUUGAACUUUAAAUAUGCGAUUAGAAAUAAAGAUCAAAUUAUUACUUUUACUGACUUUCAAGAAAAAUUGUUUAAAUAAAUAAUUUCACCUCAUUAAACGAACAAAAUAUUUAUCCAGUAUUUCUUUAUUAUUUUUGUCCAAACAUAAACUAUAAUUAUUAGUAAAAUAAUUUAAGAUUUAAAAUUUUAAAACUAAAUUUGUACUAUAGUAAUUAGAUAUACUUUUUCCCUGUAAUAACAGUAUAAAUGUUUAAUCUGUUUUGUUUAACCAAGUCAAUAUUUCUUUUUUCUGCUUUUCUGACUGGUCUACCAAUACCACAUUAAACAAAAUUUUCUCUGAAUGGAUAACAUUUUUUAACUUCUACUAUUCCUAAACAUAUAUAUUUUAAUAUGUUUAGUUAGAAUAAUUGUUCAGCCUUGAAAAAUAUUUAAAACAAAAUACCAAAAGCAAAAAGUCAUUUAUUUAAUACUAUAUUUCAUGGUAGUCAAAAGUGAAUCUUUUAUCAAAUUAAUUUAGUUUUAUCUAUUAUAUCCUAAUUCUUACUUUAUACAUCAUAAUGAUAUUAUAAAUUUAAAUAAACACAAUAUUAUACUUGAGUAAUAAUACUUACUGGUCGUAUAACUUUGGUAAAUUCUCCUUUAGUUAAUGCAAUGUUUAGUUCUUCAUGAGUAACUGGUCUUGAGUCAAGAAAUCUUAAAUCUGGUAUAUAAUAUAAAACAAAAUACCUAAAAUUAAAUUUAAUAUUUUUAAUGAACAUAUUAUUUAUCGCAUUGUUAUUUAAAAAUAUAUUUUAAUCACCUGUAUCUUUUAUAAUCGUUUUCAUCUUUUUCAAAAUCGAUUAGCUGUGUUGGACAAGCUUUAUUACCUAGCAAACUAAGAAAUCUCAAAGAAGGCAUAUUAUACUUUAUUUGAGUUAUCAAGUUUUCUAAAAUCGUUAUCUAAACAACAAUAAUAAUUUUAAUGUAACACUUGAGUAUACCAUAAUCAAUUUAAUAAUUGGAAUUUUACAUUAUUAUUAUUCAUUGAAAGUGUAUGUAAAUGUGGCAAAUAAGGUAAUCGAAUAUCAUCAUUUAAAUUAUUAUUAUCCAAAAUAAGUUCCUCUAAAUCAGGAAAUAAUUCUGAAUGAUUUAAAGUUGUUAAACAAUUGAAGCUUAAAUCCAAUGAUUUAACUCUGGAUCCAUACAUUUUACCUAGUAUUUCUGGUAUGCAUGUAACUUCUUGACCAAUAUAGCACAACUGAAACAUAAUAAUGAUUUAAGUAUUGUAUUUUUUAAUAAAUUUCAAAAUAUAAAUACAAUUAUUUAAUAACACAGGUUACUUAAUGUACCUACAUUAAGUAUCCCAGAUUACUAGAUAAAUACUUGCUGUAUAUUCCUUGUAUAAUAUAUUAUGUUUUAUCAACUUAUCAUACAUAUUACCUGAGAUGUAGACCAUGCAGAAUCACUAUUAAUAGUAUAGUAUAGAUGGGAAUAUUUGCAUGAUUCAUUUUCAUGAGACUUUUCACCGAGAACACCUUUACCUGGUUAUUAUAAGAAAAACUCAAAUGUCACUAAUCAUAUUUUCUUUACAUUUAUUUUCUUACUACUUGGUAAAACUGUCGAUUCUUGUACUGUUGUGACAGUCAAUGUAUAUGAAAAUUUACAUCGUUUUGGAGUAAGAAAGAGUAAUUUGAAGAAGUCCAUUAAAACAACAUGUAGGUUAUGUUAAAAUACAGUAACUAAGUAAUUCAAUUUUCAAUUUCAAAGUUGUAAACUAAAAGGUUUCCUAGAGUUUUAUUUAAUGUGUACAAUGGACAUGAACCCUCCUAAGUGUACAUAAUUUGAAAUACUAUUACUAUAAUACAUCGACAAAGAUACUCUUAGAAAAUCAAUAAUUUACAAAUCAUAAAAAUUUACUUAGAUGAUUUAAUAAUCAUAAACCAAUCAAACAAGUUUAUUAAUAUAUAUGAUUAUAAUUUUAUAUUUUACAAUUAAAACAGUACAAUUACAACGGUAAAUUAACAAUUGGUCUUGUUAAAAACUGUUAAACAUGUUCAAUCAGCCGACAUCAAUUUUUUACACAGACAAUUUGUCAUAGAAAUAUUUUUUAUUCUAUAGUGACUAAACAUUUUUUUUUUUUCUUAUUAAUUUUAUACUAUUAUUGAAUGUUUCAAUUGAAUAACAUCUUAUUCUUCUUCGCCAUAACUCUUUCUGGCACUGAGUGGCAAAUGAAAAUGGUACCUUAGAUGCACGGCUAUUUUUUUUUUAAUUUUUAUUUUUUUGGUUUCAUUAACAUUUAAUACAUAUACUUACCAAACAAAUAAUCAUAGCACUUAAACAUUCUUUAGUUAAUUUUUAACCUUGAAAUUUGCAAUUUUUAUAAUAACAACAUUUUCCAGUAUAUCAUAAAGUGUUAUCGAAUAGUUUUUCAACAAUCACAAAUAAAAUAAAAUCAGUAAAUUAACUUUAAUUAAAAAAUUAUAAUUCAAACUAUGUCAUAAUAAAAAAUGUAGUUUGAAUUUUUUUUGAAUAAUAACAAAAUGAAAUAAAUACCUUCUAAAAAUAAAAAUUUUAAAUGCAUUAAUUGUAUAUUAUAUUAUACAAUAUAUUAAAGCAAUUCUCAUACAUAGAUUUAUUUUACACACAGAACAAGUCCAAAUUGAACGAAACUGUUUUUUUUUGUGCUACAUUUCGCACACCUUCUUGAUGUUGUUCUGAUUGGUUGAUGUACUGAAGAUUCAUAACGUACACUUUUCAUAACAAUUGGUUUUUUUGAUGAUACUACUGAAGGUCGAGAUUUUGGUGUUGCCGGUGAAGAUUUAUUUUCAAUGCUUAUUAUUUUGUUAGCCAAUAAAUCAUUAUAAAUACUUCUAUGAAAAUCUUUAUUCGUAAAUUUUUGCAUAUUUUCAAUUUCUUUAUGUAUUAUAAAAGAGUUAGUUAUUGCAGAUUCAACAAAAUGAAAAAUUAAUCGUAAAUACCAUUUCAUACUUUUUCUGUCAAGCUUAUAGUCACUGUUCAAACGAUCAAAAUCAUCCACGAAGUUCAUAUUUUUAUUGUAAUCUAUCAACACUUUUGAACAAGAAACAAGCUUUUGAGUUCCAUCUUUAGAUUUUCUAUUUCAUUACUAGUAUCUUUAGGACUAUGUAAAGAUGAUAAAAGAUGAACACACUUAUUAUCUUUCCAUUUAUACAUUACAAUACGUAUAACUAUAUAAAUGCAGACACUAACUGCAUAGUGGUUACCGCAGUUGACCACCGAAAAUGACAACAUUACAAAAGAUGUAAAUUGGGUCGAAUAGACUAAAAGAUAGACGACUAAGAAAGGAAAAUAAAGAUAAUCAUAAUGCACAGAAAACAUGAUAAUGGAUAUUCUGGGAAAACCAACACAAAUUAAAUUCGACCAAUAUAGUUUUAGAAAAUUAAAUAUAACUAAAAUGUUUUUAAUAUUAAUUAAUAUUGAUAAAUCCAUCUGGUGGUAUAUGAACUAAUCGGCUUUGGUGGUCAGCAACAAUAACCACGAAAUGAGAAAAAAAAGAAAAAAACAUUUUCUAGGUGGUCCACUAACCACCAUGCAAUAAACAGAAAAAUUAAGUGGUCAGCUGUACUAGCCACUAUGCCGGAAAGAGUUAAUCAAAACUAUUUGGGGUUGACCACUCUCAUUCUAAACUACCACUUAACUUGAUCUCCCCGUCGCAUACACAAGCUGCUUCAUAUCAUUCUCAAUCGCAUCCAAUAACCGCUUUUUCGAUUUUCCUCUUAACCUCUUUCCCCCUAUGUUUAUUUUCAUUACAAUUCUUACUUUUUAACAUUCCUCUCUCCCUGUGACAUGCUCAAACUAGUCUAAAUUUUAGUCGAUUUUCUCUCAUUUUGUCUAAAAUCGAUGCCAUACCUUAACUACCUUGUAUGUACUCAUCCCUUAUUCAAUCUUCUGUCACCACUCCACUCAUCCACUCCUUAUCCGCCUAAGCAUACUCAUCUCUGCUACACUCAUUAUUUGUUUAUUUGUUCUAUUUGUCAGUCUACCGUCCAAUACUCCGAAAUAUACAAUAUAGUCAGUCUCACUACGCUUUUGUAAAUAAGUCUCAUUGGAAUUCUCUUGUCACAUAAAACACACCUGAUGCUUCUCUUCACUUUAUCGAACCACACUUAAUCUUUAGUUUAACACCCACAUGAAAGCAACCAUUCUUUUGUAAUAAAAGAUCCUAGGUACUUAAAAUGCUCAACCUUACCUAUAACUGCUUAUAUUUGCUAGAUUAGUUGUCUUGUUUUUUCAAACUCAUAAUCUUUUUUACUUCUACUUAUCCAUAGACCUUCAAGUGCUACUCUCCAUUGCUUAAGCUUUGUUAACUUAUUUUAGAUUUUCUCCUGUCAAAACUAUAUCAUCUGCAAACAUUAUACACUAUUAUGCAACUUAUUGCCUCUGCAUACAUCUAAGAUAGGACAAUCCAUCAGGAUCAAGUAUAAAACUUGAUCUCAAACUCAUACUGUUUGACAGAAUUGUACACUGGCUGUCAGCCUGACCCAACCCCAUUUAUCAACUCUCAUGACAGAUUUUUCCCGUGGGAGUAUUCUGAUCCCCUCUCAUGUGAUAUUUAAAUAGGUUUAAGAUAUAAAUUUUGAUCAAAAAUAAUUCACAAUUAGGACUGUUAUUUUUCCCAAUUAAAAAACUAUCAUCUUUUUAAAAAUGUUUAUUGAAUAUUUUAGUUGAUAUCAUAUUUCUGUUUUUAAUUUCAUAUCAAUGAACUAUAAUCAUAAAAUAAUAAUAGUGUAAGUAUUUUAAGUUAAAAUCGUAUUAAAAAUAUAAAAGCUUUAAUAAGUAAAUAUAAGAAUAACAGAGGAAAUUUUAUUUUCUUAUGCAUGAAAAAAAUUAUAUCUAUUUAUAAUAGUUUUAAUGAACAAUUUUCAAAAUAUGUAGUUUUAAAUUAUUUGUAUGGUCUAAGUACUAAGUAGUAAAUGUUAAUAUUAAACAUACAUUUUUAUGCUUUAAACAUACUUUUAUUUAAGUUUUAAAUUAUUUUUACUACUUCGAGUAUGACUAAUAAAAAUUAUAAUAAAAUAAUACAAAAUAUAUUAUAUUAUUAAAUUGAAUAUUUUGUAUUUCAAAAAUAUGUCUGUGAACAAUUAAAAAAAAAUAUGUGUUUUACAUGUAUUAGCAUUAAAAAAAAAUGAUUCUAUUAUAAUUAUACUAUCUAAUUAUCUUGCUAGUGACACUUCUUUAGGAUAACUAAAAUUACUGAAUUAUACAUAUAAAGCCAGGGUUGGCCAAUUGUUCAUGCACAAAUUAUAAUAGGGCAGAUUGUCUACAUACAACUUUUUUUCACAGGUAACAAUUGCCUUAGAUCCUAGACCCAUAAUACACACAUUAAUAUAUAAUUUUAUACUUUAUACCUGUAAUCUAUAAAAAUAUACUUUAUACAUUUUUUAUACCGAACUAUUUAUGAAUAGUCAUAGAUGAUAAAUCUUUAAAAACCUACAACUAAUAUACAAGUUUGAGUAUAUAUUGAUAAUCAAUAAUCCUAAGCCCAAAUUUAAAAAUUAUUAAUAAUAAUGACAUACUGUUAAAAAAUAUUACCCGGUUGUUUUGGAAGUUAAUUUUUCGUGAGUCAGUAAUUUCUUCGUCCAUAACGUAAAAAAAUGUUUUUUUAAUUUGAAAACAAAAUAUUAGUCUAGGCUUCUGGGUUAGUAAAAUUAUUUACACUUACAAGAACGAAAAAUAAUACCUACAGAAUACUAAACUAUACUAAAAUAUUAUGAUUAAAAAUGUUAUUAUUUAUUAAUUACAUUACUAAUCAAUUUAUUGUUAUCGUAAAAUAUUCUAGGAAUUGGGCACUUUUCCGUAAGCAUGAUAAACAUAAAUCGUGAUAUCACAUAGAUAUUAACAAUUAAUGAUACACAUUGAUAAUAUUUUUUUGUCGCUUAUGGUUAAACGGUGUCGCCAAUAUAAACAUAGGGCAAUCAUGGAUCAAAAAAAAAAAAAAACUAAUAAAUAUUCUAUUCCAGAAAAAAAAUUAUUGCGCGAAACAUAUAUUAAUGAACCUAUAGCAUGUAGCCAUAGACGAUACUUUAAAUGAAAUCUCCGAACAUAUAUUAGACCAAUCUUUAUUAGAAAAUCGUUUAUUACAAUUAAUAAAACGUUCAUUACAAUACUAUUUUAAAAUAAGAUUACAUCGUCAUAACAUGACUAUUAGUUAACCGCAAAAAAUAAUACGAUAAUCUCUCACUAAAAUCAUUCAUUUUAAGAACCAGUAAAAAUUCAACUUAAUAAUAUUACAUUUGCUACAGUAUGACGAUAUUAAUAACUAAAUAAGUUAUUACAAUUAAAUAUAGGUGUUUUAAAUUAAAAUAAUAAAAAUUAAAAAGUUAACUAUGAAAAAUAUAUUAGGUAUAUGAUUAAUGAUAUUAACAACUGUUAAAAUAAAUUGUUUCCAUAGUAAAUUUUCAGAAUUAAAAAUUAAAAUAUUAACGAAAUUUAUGUUUUUGUUUCAACCACCCAACACUAUUUCCAAUUUUCCAAAUAAUUUAUUACACAAUCAUUUUAGAGUUAAAUAUUACUCUAAGAUUUAUGUCCCUGAUUAUUCCAUAGAUAUGUGAUAAAUGAUAAUUAAUUUGAAAAAAUAAUGACUUAUCAAAGAAUAAUAUAUUUUUCUCCACGAUUGUCUCGACUAUAUUGGCGACAAUUAUCGAUACGUCAAUAGUACGGAAAACGCAAUCCAUUUGUUAAUAGAUCUAUAUUAGAUCAUAUAUUAUGGAUAGAGCUGUUGAUUGAAUAUUUGAAGCAAUCAUUACUAAGGUGAGUUGAGACUAAUGUACAUACGCAAAAUUUAUAUCACACGCAUGCGAAUUGACGUAAUCACGUGUUUAUGUGUGAUGUAUGCUACCAUCACUGCCCGAGGUGCGUUACCUGAACGGCCAGACUGACGAUGAUUAUCUGAUUUUGAUAAUAACAUGCGGCCAAAUUUUUUACCGUUGGAAGGCAAUGCAAAAACCGAUUUACCAAUUAUCAAUUAUCAUACAUUCAUCUAUAGGCUAUAAAUAUACUCACAGGUUGUAAUGACUAAUGUUGUAUACGAUUAUACGAGUGACACACGGUUGGAGUUUGGUAUUAUCCUUAUAGGUAGAACGAGCACUAAAUGAAUGCCUUAUUUUUUAUAACUUACCCUGUGGUUAAGAUGUCACGCGGGACUUGAGGUGGAUUGCAUUAUACAUGGCUUGCUGCUGGUUUAAAAUAAAUUUGACAAAUUGCAGAGCCAUUUUACCUAUAAGUAUGCAAGAAAAAGAAUUUUAUUUUCAAAAAAUUAUGCUAUUAUCAAUAAAUUUAUUAUCUUAACAGCGACUGGCCGUCGACGGGAUGGCCGAUUUGGCGACGGCCAGGUUACACAAAAGCCGUCCAGGCAACGCAUGCGACAAUUGGCCUGCUUGUUUAAGCAACGCCAAAUACGUGAUUGAUAACAUAUUGGCCGUAGAUUAGACGUUUAGGUAACGCACCACUGGUGGUAUUAUAAUAAUUAUACGAUAAAUAUGCGACGAAUACUGACACGCAUGCGCAAUAGACAUCAUUCACCUUAGCUCUCGACACUCGUUCGUUAAUAAAGUCUUCAACUCGUAGUACGCGUUUAUCAUGCAGUAGCUCUAUCCAUAGUAUAUGAUCUAAUUAUAUAGCCUUAGAUAAUAAAAAUAGAAUCUUUAUUAUCUGUGCUUAUAGAUCUAUCAUUAUGAGUCAGUAAACAUUUUACCUUCAUAUACCCAUAGCCAUAAACAUAUGCCAUAUCCAUGGCUAUGUAAAUAUUUAGCCAUGCAUAUACCUAUCAGAAAUCCAAAUAAUUAGAACGAUUAGAUUGAUAUAAAGAAUAUCAACAUCAUAUUGAAGUCCGUAGAUUUAAGACUAGGCUACCUACUCUAUAAUAGCCGAUACUAGGUUACAAAUUCAGGGACGUCUUGGCCGACAGAAUUCUUGAUUUUUUUUAAUAUAUAUAAUGCCUAUCUGCGAAUUUAAUUUACCGUCUACCAAUAGAAAAAAAAAACUAUAGUUGUUAGAAAUAUUGUUGAACAUAAAUACUGAUAUUGAAUAAUAUUCAUUAUUGUGAGUUAGCUGUUCGAUAUUGUACAAUUAUAAAAAUAGCCCGGAGUUAGCCGAAUAUCAUUCAAACAUUCAAUAAAACAAUUUAUCCAAAAUAAUUUAGAAAAUCCCGAAAGAAAAUUAUAGAUAAACCAGCAAAUACUGUUCGGUAUGCCGAACGUUACCGUUUCCAUAGUUUUUAAAUUUUUUACACGGUGUUUUCUACCAGAAAUAUUGCUCCAAUCUAAAAAAGGAUAUUGAUUUUGUUCCUUUUAACAACAAAUUAAGAUAUAUCUUAAAUAUAUCUUAAACCGUGCUUUUUAACUACGGUCUUAGAUUUCAACAAUAAAUUAAGAUAUAUCUGAAUUCGUGAUUUUAAUAUAUAUAUAGCUAUAAAACUAUAGCCGCGGCUCAAUAGUUUCAUUAUUUAAAAUUUGUACAGCAUAUGUUUUCUACCAUAAAUAUUGCUUUAAUAGAAAAACAACAAGAGGCUCUUUUUAUUUCCAAAACUUUUUAAAUUUUAAAUUUCAAAAUUUACGAAAAUAAUUUUGCUAUUAUUUUAAGUUUUGUUUUUUUUUUUUGUUUUUCCUAAACGUGGUAAAAUUUUCAAAAUAUUGAAUUAUUUAUAAGCAUUUAAAUUUUUAAGUUUUUACGUACAUACUUAAUUUUUAUUUGGUAGGUAAUCUGCGGAUAAAAUUGUUAAACUGAACAUAAAUGCUUGAAAAUUUGACAAGAAGUUCAUUAUAAGAUGUUUAUAUUUUAGAUUUUGAGCGUAGCAAGGGAGCUAUUGGUUUUACAAUGCUGUUUAUUUUUCUUUGUUCUAGCCUGUAGAUACGUUUUUUUCUAGUAAACUUGCUCCAAUUUUUACGUGUAGCAACUUUUGUUUUCUACCAGAAAAAUGAUUUAAUCAUAAAAUCACACGACACUUUUUCUGUUUCCUUUUUGAUUUACUUUCUUAUAGUACCAUCGCCAAAACUUUUGAGCUUUUAAGGAUUUUUAAUUUUUGGGAGUAUUUUGCUGUAAUUCGGUUGUAAAUACACGUAAAGACUUGAAACUUGGUAAUAAUACUUAUAUUGGACUUACUUAGAUGUGGUAAAAUUUCCAAAAUCAUUGGACGAUCUUUUUAGUGAGCGUUUUAAAAUCAGAUUUAAACGGAAAUCACAAAAAAAUUAUGGCACUUCAAAUCAUGUAUUACCGUACUACGCUUGGAAUUGUCUUUCGUCAAGCAAUUAUUUAUUGUUGCUUACAAAUAUAAAUGAAAUAACCUUAUGUAUCCCAUCUUCUCAACUUCUCACCUACAACAGUGGCUACUCCCAUCCCCAGUGUCAGCUCUUUUUUCAUAUGUAAUUGUAAAAUGCUUUGUUUUAAUAUAUAUCUUUAUAGCAUAAUUUCCUUAUGCCUCCCUCCUAAUUUAUUUACCAAUUUUGAAUAUCUACACCUAUAAAAAUGUAUAUUGGAUUAAUUUAAAAGAAUUUUAAAGUCAACCUAAAAAAUUACUCCACUUUAUGCAAAUUAAACAAACGACUCCUCUCCGCUUUAUCCAACAUGGUAACAAGCUUAUAAAAGUUACUGUUCUUAUGUACAAAAGUUCCUAAGUAUUUUAAAAUCUCAACCUCACCUAUAACUGCUUAUUUUCGUUAGUUGUCUUAUCCUAUUUCUUCAAAUUCAUACUCUAUUUUACUCCUGCUUAUCCUUAGAUCUUAGUCCCUUUCUGCCAAGUGCUACUCUCUAUUCCUCAAGCCUACUGUAUCUUACUCCUCCGUUUUACUGACAGCUUUAGUACAAACGUUGUGACCACUAAAUAGAGGUCAGUAUCUCCAUCGGUUCUUCUAAAGCUUCUGAUAUUACGAAUCGACGGUUUAUGCUUCUUGUCUAUGAUUAUAUGGUCAAUUUGACUUCUGUUUUCCCAUCUUGGGCAGUGAGUGUUUAUAAAUGUUUUUUCUUGGAAAAUAAGUGUUGCUAAUAAUGAGGUCUUUUAAAUAAUAGAAAUCGACAAUUUUGUGACCAUUAUAGCCUAGGUAAUCUAGUCCUAAAUCUGGCCCUGCUAAAAGAACCCUAAAGAAAACUAUCGUUUGAUCGUUUUGUGUAAAACGCUAAGUUAAUAGACGAGGAAUUUAAUUAUCAGAAUAAGAGGGGAAAUUCAAUUGCUAAAAGCGUUGGACAGUACCAAUAGAAAGUAAGCAAGAGUAGAAAUCGGAAACAAAAGAAAUAUUGGAGUAUUUAACUGAAAAAAGGUUCCUGCGAGAACUAACAAUAGCAUAAACUCAUUCCUGAAAAUUUUUUCUGGCUAUGGUACUCCAACAAGCGUCCAGUAUAACAUUCGUCGGGACAUAGAAGAUAAAAAGGAUGGGACAAUCCCAUAUAAUAUGAGACGUAUGAUCACCCUACCCUAACCUAACUAAUAAUCUAACAUUAUACACCUAACUCCCUAAUCAAUAAACCACUUAAUAUUAUAUUAAGAACACAGAUUGUUUCUUGAAUAUACAAAUACAUAAGUUAUCAAGCCAAUUUCAAAAUAUUAUACAUACCUACCUGCUUACAGCGAAACCUAGUAAUUAAGGUUUUUUUUUUGGAAACAAGAAUUUAAGUUCUAAACUAAAACUCCUUUGAAUUGUGUAUUUGUACCCUCGUAAACAGAGGGCCGUUCCCUUCAAUUUUAGAUUCUGAGUGGAACAAAGAAGUUUAUGGUUUUACAAAGAUGUUUAUUUUUUUUUUUUUUUUGGAAAACUUUUUUACCAGAAGACUUGCUCCUUUUUUGAAAGGAAAUUUAUGUGGAGAGGUACCUUAGAGAGGACAUUUUGAUUUUCCCCGGAGAUUUUUAACAAAUGUGUAAAACUGGGAAAAAACAUAGGAAAACCGGGAAAAACGUAGGAAAACCAAAGAAAUCAGUACAACAUUAAACAAAUAUUACUAAAGAAAAUAUAUUGAGCCUAUUUAAUUAUUUUACUAUAGUAUGGCAUUUAUAUUGUUGACAAACCAUUACUAUCAAUUUAACUCCGAUCAGAAUCGUGGUUCGAAACAAUGGUUUUUGUUGCUUACAGAUAUACAUUAAAUACCCGUCUGUAUCCUACCUUCCGAACUUUCCACCUACACUAGUGACCUACACCCGUCCCCAUUAUCUUACCUUUCUUUUAUUUUUUGUUUUAAUCUUUAUUUCAGUGUUCACUAUACUUUAUGAUCCGAAAAAUAGUAUAUAUUAUGAAAUUACUGAUUUUGGUGACUUAUGAUUUAGGUUACUUUUUAUUUUAACUAAUAUAGACAACUUUUUAAUACUUUGAUUUUUAAAUUGUCUUGUCUAUGAAUAGGUAGGUAUAUCUACCAAUUUAUUUACAUUUGACGUUUCUGGGUAGUUGGUAAAAGGGAAAACUGAACAAGAAAUUAUACUGAAGUAGAUAUUAAGUACCUAUAUUGUGUAAUUUUUUUACAGUAAUAUUAAAAUACUACAAAUUAUUAAGUAUAUUAAGUUAUUUUUUAUUUUACAAUUUUUUUUUCUAGUCAAAGGUAUAAAUAUACUAUUUCCUAUGAAAAAUGUUAUGUUAUCGCGCUAUAACCUUAACCAAAUAAAGCCAUAGGUAUAGCUACAAAAAAGGUAGCGCGCUACAAAUAAUGCACUACGUCCAACUACUGCAAUAAUUAUAUUCUUAUUUUAUUAUUAAGUAGGUAGUUUUUAUCAAUUUUUGUCUAAAGUAUUAUAUUAAAAUGUAUAUUGAUCAAAAUACUUUUCUAGAUUUUUUUUUUGAAUUGGAAUCGUCCCAAAUUGCUUUUAUUUACAUUUAUACUAUGAUUCAAGCAAAAACCUAAGGAAAAACUAAAGGUAAAAGUAAAAAUGAUGGAUUUUCCAACCAAAUUAAAAAAAGUAAACAUUUAUUCAUGUCAUCACGAUUAAUGAUGAUAACAUAAUUCUUUAAUCGUAAAUCGUGAUCUGGGUAUUGUGUAUAAUGCACAAAUCAAAUUGGGAAGAGUAUUGGUACCUAGAUCAAAAUAUUUAUAAUUUAAUAACAUAAAACAUUAAAAUAACUAUAGAGGAUUUUCUUAUUUUAAUACUUAAAUAUUAUAAUAAUAUGUCUUCUUCUUCUGGCUUACUCUACAAGAGUUUUUGUCGUCAUCAUAACUUCACGUCACUUCUCCCGAUCGUGGAUUAUAUUUCUUCAAUCAUUUACUUCUAUCCGUUUUAGGUCAUCUAUCUUUCCUCGGAUAUCCUCGUGGUCUCUUACCUGUUAAUUUCCAAGACAGAACUGCCUUGAUUAUUUUAUUAUUAGUUCGUACCUCGAUUAGUUCUUUUUUAAACUUUCUCCUCCACAUACCAGUAUUUAUGUCUAAUUUGGGAUCACAUAUCAUACGCCAUAUCUUGUUUUCGAAAGUGGUGAGUCUUCGUUCUGUUACCUACGCUUGUAGUCGUCAAUGCUUCGCAUCCAUAUGUUAGUAUAACUCUUACUAUCACUAUAUAGAGCUUAAUUUUUGUUUUCUUUGUCAAAAGUUUUGAUUUGAAAAAUUUUGAUAAUGCAAAUGACGCGCUCCCUGCUUUAACUAUCCUUAUUUCAUAAUAAUAUGGUAGCAUUUUGAUUAUUUAUAUUUUUAUAAUAGGUUAUUAUAAUUUCUGAUUAUUACCUAUAAUAUUUUUUUAAAUUGUUAAUGUGAUUAUGUUAGUAUAUAGGUAUUGAGAAAUUUAUAUUAAUGACUUAUAUGUAUAAAUGAUGAAUUAAAUUAAACGUGUAAAUAGGUUGUUAGACGCGUAUAAAAUAAAAAUAAUAAUUAAAUAUUUGUUUAAAGAAUAAUUAUUAUCGGGGUUAAUUCUUCUCUGUAAUUUAUUGAUGUUAUUUAAAUGUUUAGAUGAAUUGUCAGGGUUUUACCGGAAUAGCGUAGUAAAACCAUGGAAUAAAAACAUUACGUUCACCAUGACGUCGUUGUAUUUGUAUAAUAUAACUAAAAUUAAAUCAAUACUUCGGAUGUGCGCCACAGUGGCAGUGCGUAGUAUUUGUACGUAUUUACGUACAUAGCUAUUAUUAAUAUUGUCCUAUGUUUGUUUUUAGAGUAUAAAUUAUGUUACGCUAUUAAUAAUGGUUAAGGUGUGUAAAUGGCUACUGACAAUGAAGAAGGAAAUAUAUUUGACUUGGAUACUGUACGGUCAUUACAUAAGACAGUAAUAGCUUUAAGAACAGCUCUUGAACAAUCAAAAGCUGAACUUGCGUUAGUGAAAAAAUCUCGUGGUGCCAUGGAUGAUCAAAAGGUAGACGUUUGUUUACUUUUUAAAAAUUAUAUUAACCAUAAAAUAAGAAUAUAACUAAUAAUAAUAUAAUAACUAAGCAUAAGUAGCAUAGCAUUUUCUCAAGUUUAGUUAGGUACCUAUCUACACUAAAUUAUAAAAAUAUAUAAAGUAAGUACCUAAUAUAAUUAAUAUUCCUAGUAGGUAUAUAUAAAUAUAAAUAAAUAUCUAUAAAUAUGGGUAGUUAUAUUAAUAUUACAUUUAUUAUUUUGAAGAAGACUUACAUAUUAUAGAUAUUUGUUUUAUAAUACUUAAAUUAUAUUGUUACAAUUAUUUUAUUUAAAUUGUGUGUACCUAUAAUAUUUUAUAGAUUGUGUGUCAGAAUUCUGAAGAAACAGAUGAGAUAGAGUUAAUAUUUACAACAGACGAUACUACAAAUGUUUCGCCAAAUGAAGAUCUUGUUUCUAUAGACAAGGUGUUGGAGACAGAUAUAUCAAAGUGUGGUGCCAAUUCCAAGGAUAUGCCAAAUUCAAAAUAUCUUAGUCCUUUGCGGCCUAUUUUAAAAGAUAUUACACUAAAUACACAAGAAGUUGAGGCACAGACAGAUAUCACAGCUUUACCUUUACAAUGGCGUUCUGAAGGUUUUUUAAUAAACCAAGCCAAAACUACAUCACUGAACACAACUCUACCAUCAAAAUUUAUUGUGCCAGUUGAUAAGAAUACUAGAAAACAAUGUUUGCGUGUAUCCAAAAAAACUACAGAAUCAAGAAGGGUCAUGUUGUCAGAUAUUAAUUUUACAAGUAUGGUGCCAGAAUUGUCAAGAAGUGUUGAUCAUUUAUGUCGGCAACCAGGACCUCUUAGUCGUGAACCAUCCAGAUCUAAGUAUAACUAGACAGUUAUUUAUGACAGAUAUUAGCUGAUAAUUUGUAUAUUCUAGUAUGUUUAAUUUUUUGUAUAGAUUUCCAAGGAGUCCUGGUUAUUAUUCUGUUGGUUCAUCAUCUUCAAGGUAUGAUUUUGGUUCAGUAUUUUCAGUUCAUUCAUCAUGUUACCGAUGUCAAGUAAGACCAUCAGUAAUGUCAUUGGAAGCACGUCACAAUGCACCAUGGUCAUCAGUACCAUCUUCACCAACUAAAUGCCGUCGAUCAGCUAGCGUUCCAUGUGAACCAUGUGUAUCAUUACAAGAUGUCAAAUACUCGUCUACUGCUACAUUAAAGGCGGAAGAGGAGGUGCCAAAAAAAAUCAAAAACAGAGUAUCCUUUAAAGGUCAGAUUACCAUUUAGACAAGUUUGAUAAAAAUUUCUAAUAAGUAAUUAUUUAGAAUCAGGAAAAGUACGUUUAUCGAUGCCAGAUUUAAGGAAAUCAGAAGGCGACUCUACUGAUUCACUUAUUGAAGAAUCUGAAUGUAUUGUACGUAAUGCAAUUGAUUGUCUAAUUGCUGGAUGUUCUGCGGAUAUUAAAGAAUGUAAAAAGCACAGACGUUAUUCAGAACCGUAUCACAAUAAUAUAGGUUAGAUGAUAAUUUUAUUCUUUAUAAUAAUUUUUGGUAAAUGUUUAGCUUUGUUAUACCUUUCGUAUCUAUUUAACCAAUUUAACCAUUUCUGUUACAGAAUAUAUUAUCAUUUAUUUUAUUGUGUGUAAUUUUUAAUUUUUUUUUUCCCAUAUUUUAGAGUAAUUAUAAAUCUUAAUUUAUGGUUCAAAUCCUGGUUCACCACUAAGGUACUAAAUAUCCCUUUAAGCACUAUAAUAAUAGUCUAGACUUUAUGAUCUUAUUAAAGUAUAAUAUAUUAUAUUAUUUUACAAUUUAUUAGUAUACACAUCAAUUGGAAUUCUAAAUAGUGCAACUAUUUAUUAAAUUAUAUUAUUUGUAUAAUACUAUGGCAAUACUACUUACUUUAAAAUUGAAGAAAAUUAUUUAUUUUAAUAUAUAUUAUUCAUCUUAGAAAUAAUAAUAGUUAAAAAAAAAAAAUUUAUUUAGUGUGUAUUUCAUAUUAAAAAUCGCACUUAUAAUAACUUACAUAAUGGUACAUAAAAUUUUUAAAAUUAGUGAAAAUUAUAAAUAUGUAUAUUUUUAGAAUGUUGUUCAAUGUCUGUGCAUGGCAAGCCAUAUUUGCCUAAAUCAAUUUAUGAUCUUCAAUUGAAUGCCUAUGUCAAAGUUAUAACUAGCUUUGGUAAAGUAGUAGGUGGUCGACUUCGAUACAUUGGUCCUGUAGCUACUAUAACAGAGCCACUAAUAGGAGUGCAAUUUGAUCAUAAGGUUGGUGACUGUGAUGGAUCAUUAAAUGGGAUUAGAUAUUUUGAAUGGUAAGUAUGAUUUAAGAAUUUUCAUUUAAACAACUAUUUUCUUAAUUGUUUGGUAUUUUUUCAGUGGAAUUAAUAAUGGACAGUUUGUUCCAUUUCAAAAGAUUGUUAUGGCCUGGAGAGAUAUUUAAAUAAUAUUUAGCCGAUAAGAGUACUAAUAGACAAAUAUAAUGAUAUUAUAUAUAAUUACUUAUUUAAUUAUUGUUGUGAAUUUACUAUAAUCAAAAAUUUAUAUUGUUAUUAGAUAAAUGUAUAGUUAAUAUUAUUUAAUAGUUAUUAUUAUAUUAUAUUCUAAUGUUUAAAUAUUUUAUCAACACACAUAUAAAUACAAUCUAAACAAUUCAAAAUAAAUUAUACUUGCCAGCAUUUGUUUUUUUGUUUAUUUUGCAAGGCUAAACAUUCAAAAUUGAUAACAUUCUAAGUUCUAAAAUUAUUAUCUUAAUUUGCUUACAUAAAAAGAUUCGGAAUUUAAUAAUGUAAGGCAUAUUAUUUUCUUUUUAAAUUCUACUUUCGUAAUAUUUUGAUUCUUUUUGUUUUCUAACAGCCUGUAUGCAUUUAGCCAUAGUGGGUGAAGAUCUACUAAUAGAGUCAGUCAUAUAAAAAUCUUCCAAUGCAAUCUGUUUUACGUUUAAAGGUGUACUGACUGACUUGAAAGAUAAAUCCUUAAACAAAAAUAUUAUCAUGUAAAUAAAAUAGUUUAUUAAUAUCAAAAUAAGUAUUCAAUUACUUUAGCCAAAUCCGAUGCUUGAGCCAAAAAAUUUGCUUGUUCAAGAUCUCCAUAUCUAGUCAUACUUGGACAAACAUCAGUUAAGCGAUCACGUACCUCAUUUAAAGUAUCAUAAGGGAGUUUUACACCCACAAACUAAUAAAUAAAUAAUGUAUACUUUAAUCCAAAUAUUUUUAAAAAUAUGAAUAGUACAGCAUCUUACUUCAGAAAUUGCUCUGAUAAUUUUCCAGUCUGAGCGUGCCAUUCCAGGAGGUUGUACAGCCAUUAAUGUUUGUUGAGCACGACCUUCAGUAUUUACAUAAGUUGCUUGUUUUUCUGUAUAUGCAGCUCCUGGGAGUACAAUAUCUGCAAUAGCUGCUCCAGCAUCUCCGUGAUGUCCUAAAUAU